AUGCCUUACAAGAUUUACUUCACUACAGCAAGCGAGACGCCUGUCCCCCCCGUAUUCAGGCUCAAGAGAAGUUGGGGGGCGAUAAAGUAUGCAGAUGGUGGCAAUGAGAAUGACGCAGCAUCGCCCUCGGUUGUUGGCCAGCCCUUCUUCGACGAAGGCACACUGCAUCCUGCUCAAAGGAUAGAGAUUCUAGAGGGGUACUCCAGCGACAUAUCCGAGACUGACUCAGUACACUCAGAUGACUCUGCCGACUUGGAGAUCAGAGAGCCGGGAAACGAGCCUCCUACGUACAGCGUGAGCCAUCCUUGGGAGGUUGUGGAUUACCACUUGUACCUCUGCUCCGUUGAAAGGGGGAAAGACACACAUGCGCGACGCAAUGGGAUGUUCGUAUAUGACGGUAUUGAUUGUCGCCCUGUGUAUUACAGUGAGCUAUUGGAAGAACAUGCUUUUGAGCCAUGUACUGUUGGUGAAGAACCUCAGUUCCUAUUUUGGAACCUUCCCAUUGCCGAUUUGGGGCCUUCCUUCAAUGGUAGACACUAUGUCCUGGGAUUUGACUAUAACAACCGAGCCUUAUUCGCCCGCCAUUUUGAGUGGAUGCCCAACAAGACCGAUGAUCUUUGGUGUGUGUGGGACCUUGGGUUCACCAUGUACAGUAUCACCAUACCGGAUCUCAUCAUUCUUCUAGAGUCUGGGCUUUCUGAGGAUGUGCAUGUUGGCAUGGGAAUCCUUAGCUCAAGCCCUUAUUGCAUAGCCAUGGGAUCAUGUGAUGAUCCAGGGAUGGAGCUCGUCAUUACUGUUCUCUUCUGCCGGUGGGUGCUGGACUUCGCGGAGGUUAUCUUCGAGCAGGACGGAAAUAUCAUGGAGAGAUUCAAAGCGAGGCUCACCCGUUACAUGGAAGAAUGUCGUAUUAUCCUGGCACGGGCCUCGUAUAGGGCAUGGUUUGUUUCACAGGGCGACUAUACGAAGGCAACUUACCAGCGGAACUCAUCUAUUGGCAAGUUCACUAGCGACCUUUUCACGUUUAGCAAGUCCGUAGAAGAUGGCAGCUUGAAAACCCAGUCUUGGUGUGCACCAGGCUUGGAUACUUGCAACAUACUCCGUCACCAGGACCGGGUCCAGAGAAGGGCAGAGACGGAGCAACGACUUGAAAGUCUCUUCACCAUUCCGGAGGUUGACGCACCUCCUGAAUCUCCAGAGGAGGUUCUGGGAGGGAUGGUAGCCAGGUCCAAAGGGAGUCUAACUGCAUUGUGCCCCGCUAAAACUCCCAGAACUCCACCCCUAUCUAAGUAUGAGUCGAUUCCUUUCUACCGCUGGAGUUCAAUGUCUCCCGAAGCCGUUAAAUUUGAGGAUGAAGCGUACAAUGGGCUCGAAGGGACCGAGUACCACAAAACCCCACUUUCUCUCCUCCUGAAGCAGAUUCUUGGCCUAAUCGAGACCCGGCCCGAAUUGGAUUGCCUUGAAAAUCGUGCUCAUUUUGGAGGGUUGCUGAGUGCACUUGGAAUGGGACUCCAACAAAGGCCGUAA